CACUUCUAGUCUUUUAUUUUACAAGAAUGGCAAAUAAAGCUCAGUGGUCUCCACUCUCCGGUCACAGACGCCAACUGUUUUCACACACCUUGCUCUUCAUUUUCUCGAACUUAUUGUUUUGUCCACCUCGUUGCUUUUCAACGCUUUUUUGAGUCUUGUCUUUGUCCCUCUGUCGAGAGAACCACAUUGCUUCUCCACCAAUUUGAGUCUUUUCUCUCUUGUGCUUGUCUUCUUCCUCAUCUCGGAAUAUGUCCUUCUGCUCCACCUAACUUCCAAGCCUCUGCUGGGUCUUCGAUAAUAUAAAUCUUUUCCUUUUAUUCUUUCUUUUCCGAUACAAAUUCCCAAAAGAAGACGCUGAUUUGAGGUGGGUUUUUUGGCGUUUUAAGUUUGGACUGAUAUUAAGUUUACUAUAACCUUGAAGUGGAUGUCAAUGGGGAAGAGACUUUAAUGGUGGCCGAGGAGAACCAGAGGUUUUUGAGCUAUUUCAAGGUUCUGUUAUAACAGCGGUGAAACUCGGAUAAAUCCUUCCAACAUGUCCCUCCUACAUUGCCCCGUCAAUUUCAUGGAAAUUGACAACGCGAUCUCUGGAAUCAGUAAAUUACAAGAACAAACAGAAAAAUCACUUGAAGAGAUCAGCUAUUGGACAUGGUCUGAGCUUUUGGUCGCUUUGAAGAGAUGGCAAGAUUUACUUCCCGUUGAAAGCUCUUCAGGUGUAAUUCAGAGAUGCUUGGAUUCCCUUGCCGGGAGGCUGGUUUUGGCUACUGAAACAAGUCCAUGUCCAUCCACUUCUUCCCAAGACAGCCCUGGGUUUCGGUUUUCUUGUGACACUAAUAGCACUAAGAGUUUAAAGACCAGUUUAUCUCGAGCAACCUGGUGGUUUGAUGAUCUUCUGAUCUUGAGUCCUUUUUUGGUUGAAAUGGUGGUAAAAUCUAUGGUCGCGCAGAAACUUGAUCAUGUUAUCAUUAGUAGGUUCCUUUUGUAUUACCAGAAGUCAAAGUUCUGUGCUGCCACACCUCAUGAGAGGCGAAAAAUUAUAGAAACUGUCAUUGAAACGCUUUAUACCCUUGAAGGGAGCUCUGUUUCUUGCAAGAGUUUAUUUCAGAUUCUUCGAGUUUCCAUGACUAUGAACAUAAACAAAAGUACCAGGAACAAGUUGGAGAGUAUGAUUGGUUCACGGUUGGAUGAAUCAACAUUAGAUAAUCUGCUUGUUCCUUCUGCUUAUGGAGCUAAUUACUUAUAUGAUGUGAAUCUUGUUCUGAGGCUUUUGAAAGCGUUUUUUCGUGGAGGUAUUUCUCAGUUAUCUGCUCUUCAAUUGAAGAAAGUGGCUAGCUUGAUGGAUUUGUAUAUAGCAGAAGUAGCCCCAGAUCCUCGUUUAAAACCGUCGAAGUUCCAGGCACUCGCCAUGGCACUGCCAGAUUCUGCUAGGGACUCUCAUGAUGAGCUUUAUGGUGCUGUGGACAUGUAUCUACAGGUGCAUGCAGGAUUGUCAGAAGAAGAGAAGUUGAAGAUAUGUUGUGCAUUGAACUAUGAGAAGCUGUCAGCUGAAGUUUGCAUACAUCUUGCUCAGAACAUAAAGUUUCCAGCAAAAACUGCUGUCCAAGUUCUCAUUUCUCAGCAAUGCCAACUCAAAAGCUUACUUCAUGGUACCAACAAUUACAGCGCAUACACUGAUCGGCUCUGUACUUCUACUGAAGUCAGAAGCAAGGGAAUGAAAGAUGAAGCCAAUGGACAAGUUGAGCUCUAUGAUGGGAAACUAGAUGUUUCCUCUGAUUGUAGCAAACUCAGAGCACAAUUGCAAGGAAUGCAAUGGAGGGUCAUGGAAUUGGAGAAAGCUUGUAGGAAAAUGCAAACUCAGACGGCAAAGAUCAUAAAAUCUAGAUUAUCAGGACACGGUCAUACAAGAUCCUUGCCCAGGCUUUGUUCAUGACACAAACAUUAUGCAACAUUUGUAUUUAUUAUGGAAUUUAUCAUAUUUGUAUAGCUUGAGGAAUGGAUUUAUCAUAUUUCUAGGAAA